AUGACGCUUUACCAGUGGCUAUUUCACUUGUUCGAAGGAAGAUCAUUACCGAUUCGACUUGUUCCAUCUGUAGACAAGCUUGGGAAUCAACGGGACAUGCUCUUUUUAGUUGUAAAUAUGCCAAGGCUGUUUGGAGAGCUCAAAACUUUACGUUCAAUUGGAACAAUUAUCGAGUUGCUCAACAUCAGCACCCUGCUUCGACUACUUCUGCACCAGCACCGUGCAAAUCCUGCUCUAUCUCAACUGUGGUCUCCUCCAGCUCCAGGCGGCCUUAAACUGAAUGUAGAUGCGACUGUCAAUUCCUCAAUGAAUACAAUUGGUGUGGGGGCUGUUAUUAGAGAUUCUAAUGGACACGUUGUGGCUGCUAUAUCAAUGCCAAUUGUAGGUAACUUCAAAUUCCAUGAAAUGGAAGCCAAAGCACUCUUCCACAGUCUCAAUUGGGCUAUUCAACAACAGAUACCGGUUAUACAAGUUGAGAUAGAUGCACUCAUGGUGACAAAUGCAUUGACAGCUCCUUUCAAUCCAAAUUCCUCUUUUUCAAAUUUAAUGGUUGAUGUUAUUAGUCUUUUAUCCUUUUUCCCUAAUGUACAUGUUUCACAUGUUAAACGUUUUGCAAAUGAAGCGGCUCAUGGUCUUGCUAAGUUUGCAUUAGGGGUGGAUGAGACUUGUUCUAUGUUGGAGGCUAUUCCUUCACCUAUUUACUCUGUUAUUGUAAACGAAUCAUUGUUUGUUUAA